CGAGACAUACACAUCGCGAAGUGGGUUGGAAUGCAGAGCCGGAGCAUGAUCUUGGCGUCUGGCAGCAGGCAAAUGAUUCUUCCUCCGCGUAGAAGUUGACAUGAUAUAAAACGUCUCAGAGGCGCGGUCUCUGCCCUGAAUUUCUUGACACACAGGACAACGACCACUGUACAAACUCACUCAGCAUCAUGGCCAAGACUAUUCUCCUGAUCAAUGGCCCAAACCUCAAUCUUCUGGGAACCCGGGAGCCUCACAUCUAUGGCAGCACGACCUUGGCAGAUGUCCAGAACGCAGCAGUCAAGCAAGGCAGCGAACUCGGCAUACAGGUCCAACACUUUCAGUCGAAUCACGAAGGCGCCAUCAUUGAUCGCAUACACGAAGCACGAGGCCAAGUCAGCUAUGUGAUUAUCAAUCCUGGGGCUCUGACCCAUACUAGUGUUGGCUUGCGAGAUGCCUUGGUGGGCUGCGACCUCAAGUUUAUCGAAGUACAUAUCUCGAAUGUACACGCCCGAGAGGCCUUCCGACAUCACAGCUAUCUUUCCGACAAAGCCGUGGCUGUGAUCUGCGGAUUGGGCGUCUAUGGCUAUCAAAGUGCUAUUGGAUUCGUUGCUCAGCAACUCGAGAAGGAUGCAUAGAGCAUUCGGCUGAACAGUCUCAGAUGCCGACUUUCGCUCCUGUCCUUAUACCAAUGGAAACCGGGAUAUGGGAACAAUGCUGAACAUGGCGGAGAAGCAUGGUGUGCUCGACCCGUGGAGAUUCCAGUGCGGAAAUAGAGAAUGGCUGUUUUUGAGUCUACACGAGAGCGUCCUCGCUGCCGGCUGAGGCAAAAGCGUCGCAUACCUUAGUCUGGCAGCUUAGAUUCUGGAUACCAGGCAUUCUGCUGAUCCGCAUGGCCCGGUCGGAAUUUCCAAGAAGCGAAUGGCGGGGCUCUCGAUGACAGACGUGUAGCCAUAAGGUACCUCCUAGUUCAAUCGCGGGGCCAUUCCACCCAUCUUACCUGAGAAUCCAUGAACAGUGUUUAUUGCUUUACUAAACAUUGGCCAAAUGGAAAGUACUUAAACAUACUCUCGGUACCAACACUCCGAUAUUCUCUACUGCUUGCCUACUUUUGACAAUAUGGAUCCCUCGGAGGUCAACGUUCCCCCUCUCAAGGACCUCACUAUCGAUAACAUCACCGACAAUGUCAAGCUGAUCAACUCUCAAUGUCCCAAUCCUCGCUUAAAGUACAUACUCGAUCGCAUUGUACAGCAUCUCCAUGACUUUGCUCGAGAAACCCGCUUGAGCCACGAGGAGUGGAUGACAGGCCUGCACUUUCUCACUGCAGUGGGCCAAAUCUGCACAGAUGUCAGACAAGAAUUCAUCCUCCUCUCCGAUAUCCUUGGCCUCUCUCUGCUAGUCGAUAGCAUCGACCACCCCAAGCCCUCGAAUUCGACCGAGGGCACAGUUCUCGGACCCUUCCACUCCCACGAAGCCGAAACUGCGCCCAACGGCUCACAAAUUGCACAUGAUCCUGAAGGCGAAGCGUGCCUGGUGCUCUGCACUGUCAAAGAUACGAACGGAAAGCCGAUUGAAGGAGUGAAGAUUGAUGUAUGGGAGACAGACAGCAAAGGCUUCUACGAUGUACAAUACCCGGGAAGAGAAGGACCAGAUCAGCGGGCUGUGAUGCAUAGUGACAAGGAGGGCAUCUUCUGGUUCAAAGCCAUCACACCCGUGCCAUAUCCCAUUCCCAGUGAUGGGCCUGUGGGCAAGCUGCUGGUGCAGCUAAGGAGGCAUUGCUUCAGGCCUAGUCACAUGCACUUCAUGUUUGAGAAGAGCGGUUACGAUCACUUGAUAACAGCAUUGUAUCUCCGUGGCGACCCAUACGAGACGUCAGAUGCGGUGUUCGGCGUCAAAGAGUCUUUGAUUAUCGAUCUGAAGACUGUAGAGGAACAGCAUGUGAAGCAGUAUGGCGUAAAGGCAGGAACGAGGCUCAUCACAUAUGACUUUGUGCUGGUAACGGAGAAUGAUUCGAGGGAGUUGCGGGAGAGGAAUGCUUUGGAGGCUACGAAGGCACUUGGUCUGAAGAUGAAGUUGUGGAACGGCUUGCCUGUGCCGGAUGUCGACUAAGCAUAUAUUGCCACUGAAUAAUGCGCAUGUGGACUAGACAAUUGUUGACAAUGCGUAUCUACAUACGGUAGACGCUCCGUCCGUUACUAUUCAUGCACGAGGACCAGGUACCUAUAGAACAUUCCUCCAGGUGGUAGGCUCUUGGGUUGUAAGUU